AUGCUUUGCGCCAUAUCUGGAGAAGCUCCACGAGAAGCUGUUGCGUCGCGCAAGAGCGGCAAUGUUUUCGAAAAGCGCCUGAUCGAGGCUCACAUUGCCGAAAACCACACCGACCCUGUAACAGGCGAAGACCUCGCAGUCGAGGACCUCAUCGAACUCAAAUCGCCGCAAGUCGUUGCGCCCCGUCCACCGAACCUCACAUCGAUACCCGCUCUCCUGAGCGCCUUCCAGAACGAGUGGGAUGCCAUCGUACUCGAGACACACACGCUCAAGCAGCAACUGGCGCAGACACGACAGGAGCUCAGCACAGCGCUUUACCAGAACGAUGCUGCGACUCGCGUGGUUGCGAGGUUGACGCGCGAGCGGGACGAGGCACGAGAGGCGCUAUCGAACGUCACCAUCAGCGGCGGUGGCAGCAACGGUGAUGCUAUGCAGGUUGAUGGUCAAGCGCUGCCCGAGGAGCUUGUCGCCAAGGUUGAUGAGACACAGCAACAGCUCUUUGCGACGCGCCGAAAGCGACCUGUACCUGAGGGCUGGGCUACAGGCGAGGACAUUUCCACAUUCGACGUUACCUCCUCGAGCGAGCCUCUAUACGCCGGAAGCAGCGCGGUCUCUGUCGAUGAAUCGGGCGACUUGGCACUUUUUGGCGGAGCAGAUGGCGUUGCGGGCGUCUACUCAACGUCCCAGCAGAAGGUGGUGCAGGUGCUCAAGGCUGGUAGCCCCGUCACUGCUACAACGUGGUGGGGAUCGCGUGCAGUUGUUGCCACUGCGGCUGGGACAGUCAAGAUCUUCGAAGAUGGCAACGAGAUCGCGCAGCUUGGCUCGCAUGCUGGUGCAAUUACAUCGCUCUCUCUCCACCCCAGUGGAUCUAUCUUGGCGUCCGGAGCCGCGGAUAAGCGUGUGGCUUACUACGACCUUUCGACAUUCAAGACCGUCUCCCAAAUUUACACUGAAGCGGACAUUACAUCCUGCUCCUUCCACGUCGACGGUCUCCUCUUCUUCGUGGGUAGCUCGGACGGCAAGGUCCGCAUCUUUGAUGUCAAGACCGGCGCUCCAAUGGCUGAGCUCGACACCGGCGCGCCUGUCGCCGCUAUUUCCUUCUCUGAGAACGGCACUUGGUUUGCGGUUGCCCAGAAGGGGUCGAGCCAGGUUUCUGUCUGGGACAUCAGGAAGCAGAAUGUUAUCAAGGUUCUUGAAGCUGGCAGCCCUGUCGAGAACGUCAAGUGGGACUACACUGGCCAGUUCCUGGCCGCUGCCGGCUCGGGCAGCAUCUCGGUGCAGCAGUACACCAAAUCGUCAAAGAGCUGGUCUGAGCCAGUACGCAAGGCCGUACCGGCCAAGGACGUUGCUUGGGGCGCGAAUGCAGGAAGCUUGGUUGCUCUGACAUCAGAGGGUGGAUUGAGCAUCUUGAGCUCGGCAUGA